UAUCAUUUUAUUUCUUUUAUUUUUCCUAAAGUUUGGUUUGGGUGUGUGUAGUUCCUUUCCUUUUGCUUGUGGUAACUAGGGUUCUCUUCUCUCUCCCUCCGAUUAAACGCCGACGUUUUGGAACCCCGUCGUGCAUCCCCAUUCUCGCCGAUAUGAAGCUCACUGUCAAGACUCUCAAGGGCAGUCAUUUCGAAAUCAAGGUUCAGCCUACCGAUACGAUUAUGGCUGUUAAGAAGAACAUUGAAGAUAUACAAGGAAAGGACAAUUACCCAUGUGGACAGCAGUUGCUAAUCCACAAUGGGAAGGUCUUGAAAGAUGAAACGACACUAGCCGAGAACAAGGUUACCGAAGAUGGUUUUCUUGUUGUCAUGCUUAGCAAGAGUAAAACUUUAGGCUCCGGCUCAGCUGGCACGGCUUCUUCCACCCAGCCAUCUUCUACAAAUCCUUCUGCAGCUGCACCAACCUCAAAUUCUUCUGCUCCUGCUCCUGUUGCUGCUCCAGCUCCAGCUCCAGCCCCUGAUACUGCUACAAUUCCAGCCCCUGCUCCUGCUCCUGCUGAAGCUCCGGUCCAAGCCCCUGAUACUGCUGAUACCUAUGGCCAAGCUGCUUCAAAUUUGGUUGCUGGUAGUAAUCUUGAGCAAACUGUCCAACAAUUAAUGGACAUGGGUGGUGGAACUUGGGACAGAGAAACUGUUACUCGUGCACUUCGAGCAGCAUAUAACAAUCCAGAACGCGCAGUCGACUAUUUGUACUCUGGUAUUCCAGAAGCAGCAGAAGUUGCAGUUCCAGCGGCUCAUUUCCCUGCAAAUCAGGCAACUGAAACUGGUGGAACCACUGCUCCAGUGUCUGGUGCUCCUAACUCAUCUCCAUUAAAUAUGUUCCCACAGGAAACACUUGCUGGUGAUGGUGGUGGAGCACUUGGAACUCUUGAUUUCCUAAGGAACAAUCCACAGUUUCAGACUUUACGAUCAAUGGUGCAAUCUAAUCCACAAAUUUUACAGCCCAUGCUUCAGGAGCUUGGAAAACAAAACCCCCAGCUUUUGAGAUUAAUCGAGGAGAACCAUGCAGAGUUCCUUCAGCUAAUAAAUGAACCCCUUGAGGGUUCUGAAGGUGACUUAUUUGAUCAGCCUGAUCAAGACAUGCCCCAUGCCAUCAAUGUCACCCCAGCUGAGCAGGAAGCUAUAGAACGGCUUGAGGGAAUGGGAUUUGACAGAGCUUUAGUCAUUGAAGCAUAUUUGGCUUGCGAUCGUAAUGAGGAAUUGGCAGCAAAUUACCUAUUGGAGAAUGCUGCGGAUUUUGAGGAUUGAUUACUCAACACUAUACCAUUGGAUUCAUAGUUUUAGUGUGUUGGAUCCGAGCUAAGUUCCGCUUCUUUUCUAGGGUUAGUGAAUUUAUUAUGAUUAAUUUUGCCCUGGUGAAAUAUUAGUUACUAAUGUGUUUUGAGAUUUUUUUUCUCUUUGUAUUGGGGGAUCAUUUAUUUUGUGAGGUUUAAAGAGGGAAAAAAAAGAAAAAAAUCAUUGAUAUAUAUUAUUGAUGGAUCAACAGUAAUAGUUUUCCUAAUCCACAAAAAACGUAAUGCAAUUUCUCUUAUAUUUUGUAAAGUCA